GUUAAACCGGGUCACAACGACACGUAGUAAAACCUGACCUGAAAUCUUGGCAACGGAUGAAUCUUUGACUACUGAACCGUAAAGAUGAGCAGUCGGAGGAAGAAAUGCAAACGCCAGAUCCUGAAAUUCGGUCAGAACGUCGUCAGGUUUAUUACUGGGACUCUCAAUUCAGACCCUGCCGAUGAGGAGCAGGAGCAGGCGGCUCAGAGACAUAGACCUGAGACCUUAGAUAGCCUGGAGGCCCAGACCCACUUCACCAGGAGAGAACUGCAGAUCCUCUACAGAGGAUUCAAAAAUGAAUGUCCAAGUGGUCUUGUGAAUGAAGACACUUUUGCAAGCAUCUAUGCUAACUUUUUCCCUCAUGGAGAUUCAUCGAACUACGCCCAUUUUCUCUUUAGUGCUUUUGACAGGAACCAAACUGGGUCUGUCAAUUUUGAGGACUUCAGUUUGGGUCUUUCUGCACUGCUACGAGGGCCAGUGGAGGAGAAGCUUACAUGGGUGUUCAACUUAUAUGACAUUAAUAAAGAUGGAUGCAUAACAAAAGAGGAAAUGCAGGACAUCAUGAAUGCGAUAUAUGAAAUGAUGGGAACGUCACUCAACCCCAGACUCUCAGAGGACACACCGAGACAGCACACAGAGAUUUUCUUUCAGAAAAUGGACAAAAACCAAGAUGGCGUGAUCACCAUUGAUGAAUUUAUUGAAUGUUGCCAAAAGGAAGAAAACAUAGUCAAGUCUAUGUACGUUUUUGAAAAUGCAAUCUGAAGCAAAUGCAUGGGCAGAGCUACAUGAUCACCCAGUGCCUGGUCAUCGGUGUCUUGUCAAGCCUUCCAUCCUGCUGGAGAGAGCAUUUCCUUCCAUUUGAAAAGAGACAACAGCAGAUUAGCUCUGAUGAAUGAGGUAUUUUUUCUGCUCUGGCUAGAACUAAGUGGCUCUACGUACACAGAACAAUUUUAAAAAUGCAAAGUAAUAGGAAGAAGGUAUCAAACAUCCUACAAGAGUGGCACAAUGCAUUUUUAUUGUAUUGUCUUAUUUUUGACAGGCCAGAUGCUCAGUUAUCCACUAAAAUAUUUUACAGGAGAGCAAAAACAUGGUGAAACACACUCUUAAUCGUGCACUUAUAUCAAAGCAAAGCAUGGAUUUGGGAAAUUACAGCCCCAGAUAAAGUAUUAGGGUUUAGAAAAUGUCCAUUAAUUCUGUUGCUUUUGUAACUUUCUUGGAUUACUUGCGAAUUAGCACAGUUGCUGUGAGAUUUAUUGUAGCUGAGAAAUGUAGGCCAUGGGGUGAAAUGUCAUCAAUCCCCUGCUUUACAACAGAAACACACUAUGAUGUAAAUAUGUUAGAUAACUAGAUUAUGUUGUAAUGUUGCAAACUCUUAGUUAAUGAUUUGAAUCAAAAUGACCCAAACUGACUUGCAAUGACAAAAUUAUGACUGCUUUUGAAUGUAUUUCAGUAUUCAUAAUUCAUAAUCCACAUUUCUCCAUCUUCAUUCAACUUUACUCCUGAUUCCUGUGAGAGCCUACAGCACCACCUAUAGGCAACAUGUGCACAAAAUCGGUUGUUGACGAAUGGCCACAUGGGAUCCUUAAUGAAGCACUUAUAAUUAACUGAGUUUCUAUACUGUAAUACACAGGAAAGCUCAGCAGCACUAUAAUAGGCGAGUAGGACACAAGUCCGAUGUGUGUGUGUGUGUGUGUGUGUGUGUGUGUGUGUGUGUGUGUGUGUGUGUGUGUGUGUGUGUGUGUGUGUCUGUCUGUCUGUCUGUCUGUCUGUCUGUCUGUCUGUCUGUCUGUCUGUCUGUGUCUGUGUCUGUGUCUGUGUCUGUGUCUGUGUGCAUGGUGCAUGCAGUAUAUUUGCUAUUUGAGAAAGUGUAGGUUCGGUGGGUUGUAGACUACACUGCAACUAAUCUCUGGCAAAAGAAGGCGGUCUGCUUCGUGUCCCUCUAGAAAUGAAAGAGAAGUUUGUGAGGUGCAGAGAUUGUAUCUGUAAGUGUUCCCACGUGGAUGUUCAAAUGUUUAAAUGUUCUCAAUGUGAAGAAUGAAGGUCUUAUAGCACUACAGCUUCCUCUGAUGUCCACAUAACGUACGUUGACUGCACUAGUGAAGGUCCAGAUUGCCUUCAAAAGCAUUUUAAAAAGAACAGACAUGGAGCUGUUAGAGAUAAAACAGGUUGCAAGUUGCAGGCUCUCACUUGAAUUAUGUGAAUCGUUGUAUUUUAAAUCCACAAAUUGACUUAAAAUUAUGAUUAGAGUUGAGUAGAGGUGAUGGGAGGAAACACAGGUGAUCUUCACCUAUGCUUUGCGCAACCUGGAGGUUUUCAGUCAUGCAUUCAAGUGUUAGAGGCGAUGAGUUUUGAACAGUUCAGCCUCUGGUUUAGUCAGGGCAAGAAUACAGUUCCCUUAUUUUUAUCUCUGUCUGUACAGUCUGAACAGAUACAGGGCUACAGGUAUGUGAUAGAAACCAGAGAUUCUGACAUACAUAUUUUCCUGUUACUCUGUUCUCCAUUUUAUUUAUGGAUUUUAUUUAUUAAAUUAAUCAAAUGCAAUGUAUUUAAUGAUUAUGAGAUGCAUACAGUAAA